AUGUGGGACGAAGAUACAGAAGACACGUACAAGGAAGAGAAGGAAUUUACUUCAAAAAAAGACGUAAGAUCUUCUGUCUACACUGUCGGAUCUAUAGCAUCGACUGUUUUAACCAGAGCGUCCAACAUUAUUCAAAUCGCUUAUAUACCCGGAGUUACCAACCGUUCAGUAGUGUCAUCACCAAGUUUUCUUGUACCGCCUGUUCCUCCUAUUCCCCUAGCUCUAUCAUCUAGCUAUGGACACUCCCCAUGCUUCGAGCAGGAGCACUUUUUCAUGCCAGGUGACUUGAGAGAUUCAACAUACUCAGCCAUGACUAGUCAAACUUCACUCGGGAGGUGUAGCAUUGCCUCAACGGUUUACGGGAAAAAUGCAAUAGUCUCCCCAGUGCCUGCCCAAACAGGCAUAUGUGGAAAAGCGGCGGUUGUUAGCGUAAAACCUAGUACUGCUUCUGGUGAACUACUAGCUCCAGUUCGAACACUCGAGUAUUCUAAAUUUGAAGACUCCGGACUUCCGAGUCCGGCCUUCAGCGUCGGCUCAACUUUUCUUAAUAGAGCCAGUGCCGCCACCCAAAGUAAGACUCAGGUUAACCGAAUACAUCAAAAACUAUAUGAAACCCGAAACCCUCUAAAUGAACAGGGAAGUCCACGAAACUCUCAGGCAACGACUUUCAUAAGCGAAACUCCCAUUAUGGAACAGGGUCCUUUUGACGACCCUCGACCGCGCUGCUCGAGUGUUAGUAGCUUAAGUGCUGUAAUUGAAGAAGCUGCUCGACGCAUCGGAAUCAGCAGUCCCGAUAAUCGAGAAUCAACACCUUUCGGUGAUGAAAACGAAGUAAAGGAGUAA